AUCUAUAUACCAUGCUAUUACACAUUUUUGGAACCGGAAACGCAAGGCCAAUUCCGUUAGAGGGGACGAUUCGAUAUCCGAAGGAACAACGAAAAGAAAUGAUCGCGAAGGCGCCAAAGUCGGGGGUGGCUUUGAGCAAUAUUGGCGCUAAGAAAGUGAAGCAUUUCUCCACCGCUGCACACGCACGGCUAUCGGCGUCUACGAAACCUAAUUGCGCGAUGUUCCGAGAACAAAGGAAUCGGUGGUUCUUUAUGACGAACGACAACUAUGGGGCAACGUCCCUUUUCAACGUGAACCUUUGUUUUUCGAUUGCAGAUUUACAUCUCCCAUUGCAUGCUCGCAGUUGAUUGUGGAAAACGAUUGCGUGGAUAAAAAAAUAUAACUCGAAUAAAAACAA